AUGUCGAAAGAUACCAGUCGUGUUCAGUACAUAAGACGGUCCUCAUCAGCGCCGCCUGAGUGUGGUCCCAGUUUCCAAGAGCCGAGGUUUCUUUCUUUUCAUUUGUUCUAAUUCCUCAUUAGGCCGUCUAUUUUGCAGCAGAUUCGUGAUUCUGCCAUGACCUUCUUCGGCCUGAGUGUUGACAAAAGUCAAGAGGAUUGGAAUUCCCGACGUCUCAGGUACUUGCUAAAAAAGUAUGGUAAUAUAAAACCAGCAAAACUAGUCUCGGUAAGUGUUGCUUUAGCCUCACAUUUUGAUCUCCACUUUUUUCUCUAACAAACCAAUACUCUGUUUGCCUGGAUUCAUUGGGCUAUGAGCACUGACGUUUUGUAAGCACAGGAUUCUGUUAAUUUGUCACACUUUAGAACAAAUUAUAAACUACUCACCUGUCUUAAAGUAACCAACCUGUCACCCAGACUUAGGUCACCGGGACAGUCAGUUAAUUUGUCUAAGCUCUCGGACUUCUGUAGCAGCCAUCUUCGGAAACUGAAAAAAAUCGUGGCAUAGGCUUAUGUAUACUCGAUAUACGCCUACGUCAAAUAUGUGAUGCAGUUUGAAUCCUUAUUUUCUUCACCAAAAGUCAAUAUCUGCUCUAUUUCAAAGCGUUGGCAGGCUGAUCGAACGCCCACCAGUAGCCAGAGUGAAUUGUAAUAUAUGCCUGAACAGAACGGUGUUCUUAACAUAGCACUAAGCAAACAUACACAGCUGGCCAAGAUAUUUCGUCACUAAUUGAUAAAUAAUAAUUCAUAUAUCCACUGAGUGGAAUAACCGUGUCAUAUCACUUUAGAUUGCAGUACUAGGUCGACCACUUUUGAAGCUGUUAUUGCGAUUGUUUCAAAAUGAAUGAUCAAAAGAUCUGGGCAGCCAGGGUGGAGUGUACGUGGGAGUGGCCCUGGCAAACUGAUUGCUUAUUUAAUGGCUACUUCUUCACAACAGCAUUACAAAAUAGCGGUUGAUGUCCGCCAUUCAAAAGAACUCCAACCCAGCACCAUCUUAUCGCCGGUUUCCGAUGAAGCAGAGUACUUAGAGAGCCAGCCUCUAAAAAGCACCCGAAUGGACUGUUGACGACCCGUCUGUUUACGGACCCCCACACCCCUCCUUGGGAUGCAUCUCAGCGCUGCACGCGUCUAAUGCCAGUCUGUCUGCCGGGACGCAUGCUCACUUGGUCCGGCGGUUCAGCAAACAAUGGACAAGUUAAAUUAAUUGUCACAAGGAGAACCGUUUACAUCGGUUCCUGAAAAGUGAAGGCGCCUUUUCAGUCUAGUGGCCGUUGAUCACUGCUGGUACGUAGGUGUACAGUAGAUGUACUAACUCAUGAAAUGUCAACCAAAAUUUCGAAAUGCGUUCUCGUUUCGAAAAGAUAAAUUAAGUAGUGUUGUAAAAUUAAUCAUGAUGCAGCAUAAAUCUAUGAUGAUCCAGUUACCUCAGGGUGUCGGCUUUCGAAAGAACGUAUUUUCGGCUGCAUGCAAGAUCUAUACUCUGCAAAAUGACUACUUAAGUAGCAUGCAAUUUUCUCAUCGACUUUCGAUGCCCUUGAAAAUUCAAUUAUAUUUCAUGGAAAACAUGCAUAAAAAUAUUCAUUCUUUUACAUGUUCGGUAGAAAAUCACGUCUUCUUCUAAUUUCAUACUCAAAAGAAGAGUAUAAGUCGGUUUUAAAAAAAGUUUCUUAUUGUGAGAUUUUUUAAUACCGUUAAAUGGCCGUUCAUGAAAAGUCAUGUAUCUGCAUUUACGAAUGUGGCUUUUAAAGUUAACAAUAUUGCUCAAAUCCACUGCUUAAUUUUAUGAACCUCAUAUGGUCUCCUCUUAACACCGUAGAGAAAUGCAUGGUUUUCCGUACACGGAAAAUAUACAGCUUGUGGUUUUGAAACCCUGAAUGCAAGUGUAACAUCAGGUCGGGUUCAAAAUUAUUCGGGAAUUAGAAAAGUUUUUUAAAGCCAAAUUAUACUCUUCUUUUGAGUAUGAAAUUGGAAGAAGACGUGAUUUUCUACCGAAUGAGUAAAAGAAUGAAUAUUUUUAUGCAUGUUUUCCAUGAACUAUAAUUGAAUUUUCAAGGACAUCGAAAAUCAAUGAGAAAAUUGCAUGCUACUUAAGUAGUCAUUUUUUGCAGAGUGUAGAUCUUGCAUGCAGCCGAAAAUAAGUUUUUUUCGAAAGCCGACACCCUGUGGUAACUGCAUCAUGAUUAAUUUUACAACACUACUUAAUUUAUCUUUUCGAAACGAGAACACAUUUCGAAAUUUUGGUUGACUUUUCAUGAGUUAACACAUCUACUGUAGGUUGUUUGUCCAGAGUUCGUUUUCCCGACUUCUGUCGUAUGGGAUCUGAGUUCAAUGUCUAUCGAAGUAUCUUCUUUUUAUCAAAUCAACCUUAAGACCUCGUCUGACGGAUACAGUCUUAUUGCUUUGUGUCGAUUUUCAAAGACACCUCAAAGAGACUACUUCUAUGUCCCGACUAUUUCUGCCUAUGUCUCUGCUCAGACUUUUGACAUCUGAACAAAAGAGCUGUUUUGCCAACAACUACCAGAAAUCAGUCGUCUUCUUCCCUGCGGCAUGUCUAUCCUGGCCGGUGCCAGGAGCGGCCGAGAUAUGCCUGAUGUCCCUUCCCACAGACGCUAUAUUAGUCGCUCCCGCCUUUGUAUGCGGCGCGGAAAGGUCGCACGACUGUUGGACUUCACAGGUCACGAUUGUACCUUGGCAACUAAAACCACAAAAAGUUCAACGCUUGCAAAGCCACCUACCGACUAACUGCCCGAGCUUCCUCGAGUCAAAUCUACUAGUUCUUAGAAGUUCAAAUUCCUUACUCUGGAGUCACGACAGCGUUCUUCAAGUAGCCGAGGCGGGAAGUCAAGGGCUCUGAUUACGUGCUGGCCCAAAUACACUUCGUUUGGCACUUCUCUGCGUCCAAAAGGACGGGAGACGAAAGAAUUUUGGGCCAAGGAGAUCGUACCGGUCUCAUAUUGUUGAGGUGCCAUGAGUUAUAGUUGGGGGCUGAUUCACGCCCAGGUCCGUGUACAAGAAUAACAGCAUAUGAAUUUCGCUAAAAUUAGCUAUCAAUUAUACCACUCAGUAGUUCACUUAUCCAGAUCGUAUCAAGACGACUGAUUGUGUGUCACUAUCAAGGUCAGAUCCGGCGCACACGCAAGUAUUUUACUAGGUUAGCGCAUGCUAACAGGAAAACCCCCUGCUCUAAGGUCGCCGAUUCAACUGAACACACUGUAAACAUAGGAAAAUGAAAAAAUUGUUUCAAUACAACCGACCAGAAGCAAGUGCGUGCCGCUGGUUGUCCUCGUUCGCUUCAGUAUUGAUUCAGCUGUCAUUGAUCGUUUUUUCCGUCAAAAUCUUUCGCGUGGAGUCGUCGAUUGGUUCAAUUUGUCCUCUUGCGUAAUUCUCUUUGCACUCUUCCCCUCAUACUUCUUCAUUUGCGAACUUGUUUUUUUCUAGCCAAAAAUUCACCUCUUUUGUUUAUGUUGCUCAUCGUGUACGGAACAAAUUGCGUUUGUGAAGUCGAAUUCGGCGGACAUAUGUUUGACAUUAUUCAUCAUUAGGCCUGUACAGUAAUAUAAGCGAGACGCUAAAGCAGUGAAAGUUGACAGUGGCCAGAUUUGACUUCCUGAAUGCCCACAUGGGUAUUGUCGCACAACCUUAACGGUUCGAAUUUACAUGACAGUGACGAGAAACAUCAAAAUUUUAGAGGUGAGUUCUGGUCAGAGUUAAUGGAACGGUCGUUCGUCAUCAGCGAACGAUAAUUGGGAUCGCAAUCUUAUGUCUUCGAAUACUUUCACUAAGUCACCCCUUUGUUUCACUGCUUGUGCGGCAUUAGUCUUCGAAUGCUAGGGCACUUGCUAAUCAAUACAUAAUACCUCUGCGAAUGUCAUUCCAAACCUCGCGGAAUUCCAUCAUCUUUGCGUUCUUCUAAUUAGGAUUGAUUUCGGAGGCUUAGUGCUGUUUCUUCCCCUUCAGAUCAGUAAACGAUAAAAAGACAACCCCAUGCCUUCUUACCAUUCGUUUUUUUGAAAGCUUGUGGUUUAAAUUGCUCCGCCGACCACUUAUCCACGGAGUUGUUGCAUCCCUGUCUACUUUGUUAUAAGUCGUCCUUCGUACAGGUCCGCUUGAACUCACCCUUGCGGCUUUCGUCAAAAUCUUGUACUGUUUUUUGUUCUCAACGCACUUAUUGUUGCGCUGCGUGAUUUUGAAUUUCUAGUCUCUUGGAGGCGACCCCCCGAACACUAACUUCGAAGGGGCCCCAACUGGUCGACCUACACUAGGAAGGCAGGUUUGUUCUCCUUUUUUAUGUCUAUCUUCUCAAAAGCCUGCUACCAUCCAGCCAGAUACGGUCUUCAGUAUCAAACGUUAUAGUAGAGGCCCUUUUGGACAGCAGCAAUCUAGAAUUUGUCGAAGUGUCCGUGAGUAAAAUCGAAAAGCAUUACCAAAAAAUAGCCUGAAAUGACCGUGCCGGCAUAUUCCUGUCGUCAACCAACCAUACCCCAGCCACAGAUUGGACGGAUCGGAGGUUUGGGUCCGAUUUAGCCAUUCAGCCAGACGCUGUACCAUUUAGGCCACAUACUCGUACAUUGUCCGUCAUCGGACAGAACGCAAAGUCAACAGCUCGUCUUGCAGUAAGGUAGGCCGGUGAACCCCGUCCCCAUGCCAUUGGACAGCGGAAGUCUGAUAUUUCCCAUGACGACACAGUCGCCUCCAUUAUUGCUUGAGGAGCUUUUUUAGGUAAUAAGUUUAGCAAACUUAUUUAGUCUGAUGUGGAUCUGCAAGUUUUAGUUUAAGACUCAUCGUUCCUUCCUUAAAACUUCGGCCUCUGCGGAGGACAGAAGGACCGAUUGGUCAUCUAGCUUCUCUCGAUCUUUUACUUGGUCACAAAAGCUGCUCCACCUACCCUAUACCUUCUAUGGCCUUGGUUUUUCCCAUUUUCAGACCCAAAGCGCGAGGGGUUUUAUUACUAAUUUGCUUAUAAUGCCUUAUUGUAAGUUCUCUGCAGUAGCCUAAGUACUGGUUUGGCGAGGUCCGCUGUGUAAUCUACAAGUGGACGCAACUCUUGGCCUUACCAAAACCUGAAUUAACACACUUACCCAAUCUUAGUUGGGGCUGCACUUAUAUAGCUUUUUAUGGCAGAAGACGUUGUUACGGAGUGAGUUUUGAAUGGAAAUCAGACAAAGCCUUACACUUCCCCUGCUGCGUUAUUUAGACGUCAGUGAAACUCUGGUACUUAUUCCUGCCUUGUACUUUUUCUUUUCAUUCUCUUCUCUCAGGUAAGCUUACUGACCCAGUUGGGCACCCCGGCCCCCCUAUCGCCGUGUGUAAUUACUCGUCGUAACAGCGCCCUCAAAGCCCUUGGUAAGGUGGUACGCCUGUCUGCCGCGCGACGCAAACGACGUAUCAACGCCAGUCCAGUAAGACCACAGAUAUGUUUUCUUAAGGAAACCAUGCCACUUGGUUUCUGUGUGUUUGUACAUACUGGAAUUAUUAGGGUUGUACUGGGUGCCAGGCAGGGAGGGGAAGCCACUUUGUCGGAUCGACGGUCGUCCCGAAUGCCCGCAUGAGAUGCUUAUUCCUGUCCGAGCUCAUGGGGCACCCAGCUGUCAUCCAUGGUUCCGCGCGUCUACGUUGAGCGCAGCCAUUCCACCAAAAUAGUCGCCCACGCCGGAAACAAAACAGGCCGGGAAUUGAUUGAAUCCUGGGCCUUGGAUGAGAACUCGGUCAAUCGUUUUAUCGAUCUGGCGCCGGCGUACAAAGUCCUGCUUAGUCACUUCCAGUCGUGCGACGUCGGUCGAUGAUUGGGCCUACGUGCCUUAUAACUGCCGCUUGUCCUGUUUCUGCCACUACCUCUGACGAUGGACUCCUGUACGUGUCUGAAAGCUCAGGAUAAUAAACGAAGUGUUCCGGUGCUCUACUCUUCUUCUUCACCUCUGGAACUGUUUUGAGUGGCAGGAGAAAUCAGAUAAGGGUGAGCCAGUGUACUUGUCCGAUGCCAGGAAAUGUCUGCAUGGGACCUGGUCGGUUAAAGACGAGUGAGCAGCGAUGCUUUCUGUAGGUCGACAGACGCCAGGUCAACUGCCUAGACCAUACCCGUCACCAUUCAUCUUGCCGUUGUAGCAUGGGGGUUGAGGAAGAGUGAGCGUGUUGCUGCGCACAUGUGUCACGUGCAGGCUAACGUUCUCCCUCCUCUGGAAGUAAUGACUGUCAUCGUUGUGUUUGCUGCAUAAACUAGCACACACCAGAGAUGGUUUCUUGACUGCUUCAAGCGAUAAGAAAUCAAGAACGAAUCCCACGGCACUUUACCGACGCCACCAGUCUUUAGCCUUGCAACCGUAAACCGCGAAGCUUCAAACACCAUCGGGAGUGUCCCGACUACACCGCUCGGACGAUUUUCGCAUACGUCCUACAAAAUUGCCUAACACCACACCUAGAGGAGAAACUCCAGCCGGAAAAGUCAUGUCAGGGUGUUUUUGCCAUACGAAAUGUCUGUGAGGACGAUUAAGCCUCAGUGUUGCUCAUAUCGACCUGGUAGAGGUCUUCUAUACAUCUAACCAAGGAGAGUGAAAAAUUACCAAAAAUGAGCAGAUUUCAAGCAAAAUUCACAAAUAUAAUAAGACUGCUCCACGAUAGCAAGGGGGUCCAUCUUAUCAGCAACAACUUCAAGUUGGACGUUUCUACUAUGACGAAUGGGGAAAAUACGGCUGCGUACUUAUGCAAGUAGUUUUCCACCUAAUGCUCUCUGCAGUGCCAAUCAGCAGUGCAACGGACGUCCCGACAUCAAAUACGGCGAUGGUUGGAAACUCCCCGAUAUUCGCCUAAUAUAGGUCUGAAUUGAAGUCUCGGAAGUCGAAGUUCGUGGCCUAUCUGCCGGAAGCUGCCGAAAAAGCAGAAAUACUGUUUAUUCUGGGUCACUUCAACCUUCCACCCUGCAGGCUUUGGCCAUCAGACAGCUAGAAUCAAUUGUUGAUGCGUCAUAGCCGCGAUCCUAUGCGUGAAUCUGCUUACCUUGCUCCAAAAACGGAUGCAAUAAGCCGCUUAUUCUGUAGUGUAGGGACUGUCUUGCUUCAUUUAUAGAGUGAGAUGUGCCAUGUGUUGUGAAGUUCGUUUAUCUGGAAUAUACCGGGUCACUGUGUCCUGACACAUCUCCAAGUCCAAUUUUCACGAAAGCAUGUUCCUCGCCGGAGUUGGUCCGCGCGCCAAAACGGGGCGGGUCUCCAAAUAACCUCAUUGAGUAAAAUGUUUCCACACUGGCAAGAAUGCCUCGCUAAGCUGUUUAACCCGUCACCUCCGAACAUAAUGUAACACCUCCAUCAGUCUCCCUAUGAUUGUAACUGAGCAACAGUUCGACCGUCGUGACUGAUGAUGUCCACCUGUGCUCCACAGCAGAGAGAGGGAGCAGGCAUGGUGACUUGUGCGUAAACCAGCUUAUAGUGGUAGUAGAAUUGAACAGCAUCUGUUGCACUCCUCCCCCUCCUCCUCCUCCGCCCUCCUUCCGUCAUCGUUGGGAAGGCCGAAUGCGAGAGAGGGCGCAGGUGGUUGGCGCGGUUGGACCCGCACCUAGGGGUACCACCGUACCCGCUGAUUCACAAUAAGCACUUGACCAGGAUUUUAACCGACAAGAAGAGCGACGGCUGGCACGGCCGAAGGCGCCCCCAGGAGUGCCGCCACACCCGGCUCGGAUUCCACUAGGUGGGAGUGCCAUAAAGGUCACAUUGAGAAGGAACCAUUGCAGCCUGACUCAGACCACAGGUCCGUCACCUCACAAAAACACACUGGGCUGCCUGUGAGGUCAAAGCUAUCACGUCAGUUGGCAACCUUUCGAGCCACGGAACUUGGCUCACCGUGACAGUCUCAGCCUCGGGUCAAACGUUCAGCAGAUGGGCCACAGAGGGAAAAAACCGAGAAACAUGCCACAUCCGCGAGAGGUGCCGUUGUUGCGGGGUUUCGGAGGGUUGUGUGCGUGGUGAAUGUCUUGGUGGGAGAAUGUGGGGUGAUGUUGUUGUGUCUGCGGUGAUCAACCACGGGUUUUCAUGAAUGAGCAUGUGACCGAAAAAGCCUACGCAAUGGCUGAGUAUGUGAGGGUCAUUCGGGCUGUGAAGACGAGUGCGCCUGGUAUAAGUUGGUGCUCCAGGCGCUGGUUCGCCAGUCUCCGUGCGGUGGAUUCACAAGUGACCGGCUAGGCUGAUGUGUAAGGUGGAUGUGCAGUCGCAAUGAGGACAGGUUGGGACUGAGUCCACGUGGUCGCUGGAGAUUGGGAUGCUGAUGGUGAAUGUGUUAGUGGUUGUCGGGCCGUCAGGAGCGUUUUGGUCGUUGGAGGUGGUUGUGUUCGUCGAUACCGCGGUAAUUGUGGCAGAGGUUAUGGAGGUGGUAGUGGUAGACAGCAGUGCGGCAUGGAGAUUCGAGGCAACGUUGGUGAAUGUGGGCGCCUACAUGGUAGAUGUGGAGGUUGGGAGAGGGGCGGUCGCGGAGGCAGCAGUUGCGGUCGUCCGGCGGUUGGUGCAUUGAGUCCGAAGAUGACCGGCGGGGCCGAUUCGCGCAGAAAUGUUCGUUGACAGCGCUGGCAAGUUGGGCGGGGUUUGAGGGGCGAUGCUGCGAAUCAGAGGCGACUGAGACUUGCGAGCAGCCCUUUUGGCUUUGGCGGCGGCGAUCUGGUGUGCCUCGUAGCUGGCUGCGCCAGUCUUCUCUUAUACAGGCCGGUCUGUUCUGGACGAGCUUCUCUCAGGUCUCUGGGUUGAUUUGCAAUCUCAUAAGAGAAUUCUUCAAAGUGUCCUUGUAGCGUCGUUUUGAUCCUCCCGGUCGACUAGCACCCGUGGUGACAUCUCCAUAGAAGAAUUGUUUUGGUAGGCGAGCGUCGUCCAUUCUCACCAGAUGGCCGCUCCAUCGCAGUUGCAGUUGUCUCAGCAUGGCGUGGAUGCUAAAGAUUCCGAUCUAGCCCGGAGACUUCCGUGUCUGGGAUUCUGUUCUGCCAUCUCACUCCACAGCCGAGAGGUAGUUCAAUGUCUCUAAAGUAACAAAGCCCUGGGUGCCUACAUACUGUCGACCGAGAUGUACAAGAGUUGUGCCGAUAUUUUCUGAGGAAUUUUAGAAUCUUUAGGCUAUGCAGCUCACUUACUCUCAGUCAUUAAACAGUGCUGUUUUCUGCUUGUCGAACGUGCGGCUGAACGAUCGAGUACAUCACCGUCGCAGCUGGUGUUGCGCACGGUUCUGUUCUCUUGUCAGCCCUCGUCAACUGCACCCUGGGACAGCACUUCGACGCCGGGCCGUCCAAACGGAGCUAUACAUUUUCAUGUUGAAACAUGAAUCGAUCUUGCGCCAGUUUGCGAGCUACUGGGAGGGCCUGGUCUGCUGUCGGCUGCACUUUCGCACAGGCCCAAACAUGGUGAAUACCAAAGCAUUUGACAACAAUUUCACCCUGAUGGACGUGUCGCACGUCCUCUUGGAAGACCAUUUGCACGAGACUGUCGACUAGUUUCUCUGCCUGGGCCCCCUCAUGCUUGCCAACAGGCAGCCGAGGUUUUUAAAUUGUACUAUCUGAACUAUUCAAAUCUAAUAAAACGGCUGUUAAAGGUAUUUGUUCAUAGAGACUUCUGCAAAGUGCUGCAGCUUCUGCUGACGCACCACCUUCCCACUGUUGAUUUUAUUUGCUGCUCAAGAAAGCACCUUUUUACUCAGCCAGUGAAGAGGAAAAUCGUCAGGUAUUUGGUCACGCACUCCAUUGACACACAAACCGGGCGUGUACUCAUCUGGUGUCAGCCUGAAUCGCUCCGGCUCGUGAUGCCGCUGACCCUAAAACUGGAUCAACUAGUUACAGUAGUGUUCGUCGACAGUGAUGAGCUAUUACAGACCUAGGGUACGAACCUAUUUGACUGCUUCGGUAGUUAAAAGUCCGUGAAAGUAUCGUCUAAUUAACAUGGAUUAUCAACCAAGAAACAAUUUUAAACUAAAUAAUUAAUCCUCACAAACUUCAAACUAAUGUGGGAAAAUGAUAGCGAUCGUAUUCCGAAAUCAACAAAGUCCUUUUCGUUAGCAAAUAUGUUUUCAUAGGUGUCGCUAUCAGCUUAUUUCGAAAUGCAAGACAUCUAUUUCACAGUCGGCACGCGCAACUGAUGAGUCUAUUAACAGCUGGGAUUUCAGAAGUUGAAAGAGACGUUGUUUCGCCGACCACUCUUUGCCUGUAAAAGUUUACCUGACAGCCUGAGAUGUUAAUUCAAAUCGACUUUCCCAUACUUUUACUGGAUAAAUCCUUAUCCUUCGUUUUUUUCAAAAGUUUCAGAAUGGUGCUCUGCAUCUUCCCGCUGGGUCCCUCUACUCUCCACCGCCUCAGACAUCCCUAGUUGAUGGGAGCCCCUUUGACGCGGAAAACUGGGUUGGUCUAGUCGAAACUCCGGGCCUUUCUCUGCCACAACUCUCCGUUAUUCCCACCCCGAAGUCUGCCGCACCUGCUGUCGACGACGAGGGAUCUCGCGGACCCAUCAACGUGGCAGCAACGUGUAGCAAUAUUCCUCUAAUUCAACUGAGACAUGGUCGAAAGAAGUUGUCCCUUCACGAAACAGUGGAAAACUCGUCCGUCCACCUCCGGCGACAUGACUCACGCGCAAACAGUAACUUUGUUAACGAAGGGCUUACACAUCGCACAAAUUACGUCUCAGCGGAAAAUGUAAUCUCAGAAACCAGGUCGACCUCUUUACCUCAUCGUCCACGCUACUUCUUUCCUUCCUCAACAACCACCAUGAGCUCGCGCCAUUCUCGGUGUGCACAGAGUCCUCGCCUGGGUGACAUGCUGGCAGACUUUGACAUGGAGAGUCAACCAUCUGUGGCUCAUGCCUCACUGCUUGUUAGGACUGAGCCCUCAUUGGAGACCACCGUCCCUCUUAGACCGAAGGCCGUGCCGGCCAGUGAAGUGUCUGAGCUUCCGCCUCUCUCUCGACUAGAUUCCCUACGUCCUCCGCCCCUAACCCUUCCUUCUCAAUCGGCUCCUUUUGCCCCCGACUUUCCUCAAGCUCUCUGUCCCACCACAGUACCUUCGCCAUCUGCCCAGUUUACGAGCGCCAUUUUGCCACCUCGUAUCACGUACACCAACAGGCAGAGUUUGCGGGCCUUCGAACACGGGUAUUUCUCGCCCACGUUACAGGCGCUGAACAUUGAGACCUACUCACCGGGUUUUGCGGCCUUCAUACAGCAGUGUCGUGAUAAGGCCCGGGGCGUUGGCACCGUCAUAGAUGUGAACAUCAGCAACAGAAAACAAGGUCGCAGCAGCAGCAGCGAGGAGCGUCUACCGCCCACCGCCUCAUUGCCGGCAACCCCCUUCUUUUACAAGCGACUGAAGCGCCUGAAAAGCAGUUCCUCCUCAGUGACCACUUCGCCCCAGGCGACACCUUUCCUGCCUGCACAGGCUUCUCCCGCUCGCCCUCCUCCGUCACGCGCCUGGAGGCCGGGGGACAACUUUACGGAUAAGACUACGCCAAAUGCAACCACCGCUUUCACCAACAAGAGACCCGACAGCACUACCGGCUGGUGGACAUUGCAUCGGAAAUUCCGGACACGAAAAAUGACUUGCCUUCCAGCCCGUAAUCGGGAGACUGAGAUGAUCUAUCAAAGUGUCGAUCAAAGUCUGCUUGACUACAGGUUAGGCCCUUUCAAUGCCUUUUCUUCAUAUAUUCUUGGGCAGCUUCUGAAAAUAAGAACAGCCUUCUUGAGGCAAUUAUUUCCCACCUUUAGCUUUGCCCAAUACGCCUUAAAUUAAUUCGAACAAUGCAGGAACCGAAAGUGGUUCGUGAAAAGAAGCUAAGAAGCACAAACAAAGUAAUUAGAACUCUGCCAAUUGUAAGACAAAAAACGAAACAAAAUUUGACGGCGCAGAACCGUCAAGUUACCAUCGUCAACUGUCAACACCGGUUCUGGACGAAUCAAACACUUUCUGGCCUCUGACGGCGCAGCAGACGCGACCUGCAAAUUCUGCAUUUUCAUACAUCUCUAUUCUUUAGCCUUCAGUUUCUGAAGAUGGACUCGGGUGUGUAUCCGAAAUGUCACAAAGGAACUCUUGGUCGGAUGAUCGAAUCUACUUUUGAACUACUAUCUUUUCGCAUGCAUCAAAAGUUUGAUUUCCCGCUACUUUGUAUCACAGCAUUUUUCACCAUUAGACGGUCUGCUCCUCUUUUAGGCCCUACUUCACCUACUUCGUCAGCUUUGUGCAAGUAGUGAUUCUCAUCGUGGCUUGUGCAGGCUACGGCUUUGCGCCUGUCGGCCUUAACAUGGAGCAUGAGGUAGCCGGUGAAAUCCUGCUCUCCUCCCUCGUGGUUGAGCGCGUCUGCCGCAUUGAGGAUGAGAACCUGUGGGUCGGUCCUCGUCAGGCUGACCUCAUUCGUAUCGGUGCACGCUACUCACCUUGCAUGCGGACUGACACGAAGUUGCGUAGUCUUGUCAUUGAUGCCCAGAAGACUUGGGACCGAAAGUAAGUGCCAAGAAUUCAACAUUUAUCAAGGACCCACUACAUCCACUCAUUUUGGUAUAGUUAUUGUGCUUGACUUGAUUACUCAGCCCCUAAGUGAGCUCCUGGGUCAGGACGGACUCAAAAAAACGUUAAAUCCAAAUAAAACAACACUGUAACUGGACCAAUUUAAUAGAAAUUUGCUGUGGGAGAAUGGAACUACCCGUCUGCCUCAUUUUGCGCUCGGGCGCUCUUUUUCGCAGCCCGUCAUGACGGAUUUCUCCUCUUAUGCCAAUCCAACGAUGCUUUUUACUGCAUUUACAAAGUAAACCUGUAGUCUAUUUGGUGGUAUUUUUAGACUUUCAAGACCAAACUUAUAGUGCAAGCCGAAUUAACGCAAUCUCUAAUGACAGGAGCCGGACCAGUUCGACCGUCGCGACAGACAAUGUCUACCGUGUGCCGCACAGAAUGGCGAGCUCCGGAGGGUUACUUGCCCGUGAAUUAGUUUAUAGUGAUAGCCAGCCUGUGCAGCAUCUGUUGCUCUCACUCCCCCCUUCUCACCCAUCCUGGGCCCGGUGGCAAGGCAGAGCCAGGAGGACCGGAGGCGAGCUCGGCCGCAGUGACCAACAAAACUAGGCAGCCCGUCCAUGGGUUCCACACACGACCUGGUCCGCGGGCGAUGGACCAGGUUCCCACAUAGGUCACGUUAAGAAGGAGCCAUUCCAGCCUGAAUUGCCGCCCUGGAACAACCUACUUAUGCUAUAAGUUCGUACUUCUUCAGGCCACGGCUUAAAGUGCGUCUUGGUAGUUUCUAGGCGCGACAGAUUUUUACUUGCGGGGAAUAUGCGCAGAAUGCCGUGGGACAGAGUCCCCGGAGCCGACCUCAUUCUCUUCCCUCACCCUGACACUAGUCCGCUGUCCGGGCCGGUCAACCAUCUGAUGCUUGGAUUUGGGGGCAAGUGGCUGACAUAGCUCAAUGGCCUGUCUGUGCUUGCCACACACGACCUUGCCCCCAUGCAAAACACCAGGUUUUCGCAGAAAGGAUAUAAGAAUCGGACACUUUUGGCAGAUGACCACGAGGAAUCGGCAAUGUUAACUGAGUGAUGACAACGAGAUUCAGUCCGGAAGUACGCUGCAUUUGGUCUCAUCUCAGCUGGUCAGAACGGUUAACAAGUGUUGACUGGUUUUCAGUUCUUGGGUUUGCACUAGUUGUGGGUUAGACGAAUAAGCGAAGUCCCUGAAAUGUUUUCUCUAACAACGACUCAUUCGCUGUCCACGCUGGACAGCCGAACGUUACGGUGUUAUACCAGCGGUUGUUGGGUUCUUUGCGACUGAAGGACUGUUAUGCUUUGAACAAGCUUGAGAAUACUGAGCUUUCUUGAACGCCCUGUUACGCAGGGCCGUCAUGGUCAUAACCAUGUUCGCUACCAGUCAUGACUCUUUGCAUUGUUUACGGGGGUAACCAAUCUGGGCAGCGAUCCAUCUGUUCUUUGCACACCGACUCGACAGGAUUGCAUUGUAUUAAAACACGGUGUUAUCGUUCUCAGAAGAGCCACGAAACUUGUCGUUUUUACAGCAUUGGUUACCUGUGGCAUCAUUCUUUCUUCGUCCCAUGUCAUACGCGCCUUGUUCGUUUUCGCGUCUCCUUGACUGCAAUGGAACAUGAAUGAGACUGUUUUAUUUUGCUAUUAACACGGGGGCUGACUAAAUCACCUCUAUUGUUGAACAGUUAAGAUGCGAACCAAUCACUUGUAGCAACUGCUGUUUAACUAAGAGGCAAAUUUGGUUCCCUUCGUAGGAGCGGGUGUUGUGUGCGAAAUGACGGUGAGGGCUGUCACCAGACUAGCCGACUCACUUGUCCACGUACCACCUCAACUUGGUUGCGUCACCAAACCCUUGAUUUUGCCGCCCGUUGGCCGAUAACUGAUCAGUCGACGAGCAAGAAUGGCCGCAAAGAUAGGGGAAAUGAGGAAUUCUCGAACCAGCCGCCUUCCAAAAUAGGCCCCGUUUGCGGGCUGGAUCCGGAAUUCUGCGAGGAGCCACGCUCCACCGGUCCCUUUGCCUGGUCCCAGACCGACGUGACUGAAUGGCCCGUACGUGAAGGAAUGUACGUUUUCGUUUGCUUAAUUUCCCUUCGUGUGCGAGUAUGUGUAAUAAUGGCCUUUCGCUUGUGAUCUCAGUCUAAAUCUUCCUCCGCGCUCAAUCUGCCUCCCACUUGCUAUGAGAUGUUUAAUACAUCAGGACUUCAGGGUGACGGCGAUUGGCCUAACCGAGCCGCUCAUCUUUCACUUGUCAGAGGACGCCCUAACCAUCAGACUCCUAGUACAGGCCUCAGAGCAUCGAAUUUGUGUCAGUUAUUCCAAGCCGAGUGAUUAUUACCCCACCUCUGCAGCCCUUCUGUUCCGGACAUUCUAGCCAAGUUUUCCAACACUUUCCUGAUGCGACUUCAUUUAGCGGUUCACGUGGAGUAAUCGGCAGAUCGUUCUGUUAUUCACCACAGGGCCCAGAUUCCAACCUCACCAUGUCGUUUUUUUUAUUGGCAAAGACUGUUAACUAGUGUUUGAAUGUGAAUUGUUUUCGUAAACGAGUUUUCGAUGCUGUCGCAGUUCACGAUCUCCAUUUGUGUACAUAUUUUCGUACGUUCUGCUCAACAGUCACCGUCAUACGUCUACUUUACAUGUGCUCAUCGCGGCAGGGAAUUCUUGUCUUGCUAGGGCCUCGUUCAUAAACCUCAUGCUUCAGGUCUGCUUUGCUGAGUGAGGAAGAUUUGCCACGGCAAAGUUCCUCCGGCGGGGGGAAAAUUCAACAGUUGUGGCGUUUUCGUUUCCUUUUCAGUGGACUGCUCUUUCUCAACGCGAGGUUGAAAGACUGACGCACGACUCCAUAAAAUGCGUUAUGCCUGCUUUCCUCCAGUUUGCUGGAGAACAAAUCCUGUUAGAGUGCAUAUCGAAACGGAGUGUAGGCUGAGGUGGGGAAAGUCGCCUGCGAUGCCCUGUAGUAAUACAGUUGCCAAAAUAGCGGUUUCCAAAUUUCCGUCUUCCGACCAUAAUAGGUUUUUAUUCUCCUGUGUAAUGCCUUGGCACCAAACCCUCAACACUCUCCUGCGUUUGGCCAAGCUUUAGGUAUUUCAUAGAUGUUUUGGCAGAUUUUGAAUAAUUCAUAUUGACCCAACUGUGAAAAACUCAGCGCCUCGGUGGGAUUCGAACCCACGCAGUAAGGGGAAGGCUUUAGUACAGCCAACGCUCUAACCACUUGAGCUACAAGGUCCCGCCGGACGACGCGAGUUUACUCACAUUUGGGUCAAGUUACCCGCCCAACCUACCGCAACGUCUGGAAUCCACCAAAUCUGAUACAGUAAGUUGACUGCCCAGGCAGGAUUUCCUAAGUAAUUCACCUAGAAUCCACCAGAUGACUACCAGGCUUACGUAAUUCAUAGAUGUAUUUGUCAAUUUUUAUCAAGUCCGUCUCUUCCCCUUUUUGUACGCUCUUCACUUGGCAGAUUUGUCAUCGCUCUGUGAAUGUCUCCCUCUUACGUGGCUACGCGGAACACAUGCAGUGCGAAGUUAUAGCUCGACCCUGUUGUGUGGGCGUCAAAGGAGAGUGCAUUAUCACCACAGUUGCACAUUGCGCCUUCCUUCGCGGCCAGUAUCACGCGGAUGCCUCUCUUUGCUCUCAGGUUAUCGCCACCAUUCCAGUUUUCUCCUUAUUUAGCCACUCUUGAUAGUUUCAGGCCGACAAAAUUACGUCAACCUUAUACAACUUUAACCAUGUCUUAUGUAACUGGCCGCAACUUUCGUGAGAUUUUUUAAGAGUUCGGUGCUAGCUGGUCUCCGUCAGUCACACGAUUGUAUGGUUAGAAAUGAGGAAACCGUCUACGUUUCUAUCCCAUGGUAUGGUGGUUAUCUCCUAUACUUUUCCACAUCGUUUACUUCAUGACAAGUACCCAAGAUGUCGCAGCAUCCCCUCAACAUUAACAAAUGUCAACAAUACUGGAGGUUGAAUGAAAAUAUAUUUGGGUUGGGACAGUUAGAAUGACCAAAAGCACGAACCCCAGGCCCGUAAACCGUUUUACUUAACUGUCAGUUAUUGAUUCCAGACGUUAUGAUGCGAAUCAUAAGUGUCGCAGGCUACUUUGCCAAAUCAAGUAGCGAGUUUGGUAUAUUUGCGUUUUCUACGGAGUGUUGUGGUAGUUUACCUUUAUCCAUCUAGCUCCUCACUGUCACGUACCGAUCGACCGACCUAGUGUGAGGGGUGACUCUGCGGAAAUUUUAGAUUUGCGAGUUUUUGGCAUCCCGACAGCCCUUUUAGUAAAGCUCACCCUCAAAGAAUUUAUUUAUCCCUUCUCCCAGAAUAACUGCUUCGAAAUCUUUUGCUGAAUCAUUUUUAUUCUUGCACAAGAUUCGCUCACACACACACAUUUCCAAUAAGCUUUCUCUUCUUUGUCAAAUAGGUAAACUGCCUAGAAGAGGUGUGUGGAAUGAUGCCUUUUCUGCGGAAAGGUCGGCCUGACCAGCUUUACCGCAUCUAUCUGUCAUUGUUUCUACAUGCCGGGUAAGAUUUCUGUCUUUUCUGGUGUAUUUAACGCACCGACCAGACCUUAAAAGACUUCUUGAUUGCACUUCUGAGUCAGUACCAUUCGUCACUUUUGAAUAUUUCACCAACAUUCCUGCUUUGACGACGCCACAUUUUUCGUGAGGCUAAUCCAUGCGUUCUUACACAGUGCCCUGUCAGCGCGAUCAUCUAAAAUAAAUAGGCCUUCUUAGUCCCACGUGGUUGCAUCGAAGGUUUUUCCUAACAUUAACAUGCAGACACUAGUCCGUGCCAGUUCGACUGUGAAAACGUACCUGUGUUUUGGGGUAGUACAUCCGGCCCCAGCGUUACUUAUGACAAAUAACUCACAUUACUUUCCCAAGUGGUCGUGGCUGUCUCGAGCGCCUGUGAUGCUCAACCGUUUAAGAGCAUGUGAACUGUUACACAGCGACUGUAGGUUUAAUUUUCUUAAAAUUCCACCUUUUUUUUGAAAUGCUCCCUAUUACAUUAGUUAUGCCUCCUGGUAGAUUUUCGUAGUUGCCCUGGGUGUUUGGCUCCGUCCCGCUUUGUGUAAAUAUGUUGUUUUUCAGCCAAAGUUAAUCAUUUGCGCGUCCCUCUCCUGUAAUUUGUUAUGAAGCGAUUCCAGCAACUGGUCAACCAAAAGUGCCGUUUACUUAUUGUGGUAGCGGUGAGUCAAAUUCCCCGUUGAACGCUUAGAGACUCCAGUGAGAGCAUGUACUCGACCUUACGAUUGGGAGCCAAUGAUUAUCAUUGACGGUUAUGCUAGACCGGAUGAGAGUAAUCGGUGCAUCUGCAUGUGUCACCACACGCGGUGAGCUCUUUUAUUGUCUCGCACCCCACUCGUCCGCCUUGAAAAGUCCUACGAUCCAGGUCAGUUCAGUCGUCAUAAUGGAAUUAAGUGCGUAGUGUUGACGCACCCUUAUUAAAAGGCGCACUACUUGCCCCUCGCGAUUGAAGGGACAAAAACGGUGCUUUGGGAAGACAAAUGCUGACUCACACCGUCUACAUUGCCAACGGCGAUCGUAAGUGUGACCUUGCUCACUUUCUUCGCCCGGAAUACUCGUGUUUUUUUGGCUGAUUCAUUUGUCAACCAACCAUACAGAACGGCGCCUCUGGUUAUCUACUGGGUGUAUUGAUACAAGAUGAAUACCGCGCUCCUUAGAAAGAACGGACUCUCCGAACGAAGACAAUUGGACGAACUGGACACAGGCUUCCAAGGGGAGAGCGGUGAGACCGGAGUUGCCUUCGGCAUAAAAGAGCGACAUCGCUAGGCAAUUGCCAUCCUCUCCCAUGUAUUGCUGCCGGCCGUCAUCAUUGAACUGUCCGGUUAUGCCUUUGUCGCGAACGUUCCCAGAUGUGGUAAAUUAGAGUCCGGCCGACCCUUUUAUCGCCUUCAUCACGAACGCCUGCACACCUAAACUCAAGGCCCUUGACCCUCCUCCCAACAACUAAGACUGAUUCGACGACAACGACGAUAAAAAUUCGGCAUCUUUUAUCCUAAAAAACAAAACUACAUACGACCUAUCUGAAAGCAGGAGUAGGACAAACAAAGCCGCAUUAUUUUGAUGCCGAAGUCAAGUGCGAUAGGGUGAUUGGUAUGCAGAAUUUCUGGCGAACUCCAUAUGGAAGAAAUUCACAAAUACGCAGACUGCAAAGAAUCUGGACACCUCGUCGCGGCUGUAAAGGCAUUUUAUGGUCCACAGCCCAGGUAGACUACACGUCUGCUCAGCCGUGCACAGCCGUGCUGCAUAUUUUGUAGUGUUGGGACAAGUACUUUUAGAAGUCCGGUGACUUAUGCUGACCGUGCCCCUCUACAGAAAACAACUAAGGCAGUUAACCAUACAUCCUCCGCGAAAUAUCCGGACGCUGAUUCGAAUUCAAAACAAGUCAACAAACAUGGUGACCCUCAACUUUUCAGCAAUUUGACGUCGCUGUUGUAGAUGGAGAGACAUAGGCAAGUCCCGCAGUACUUCUAGGACAGCCCCACUACUCACCACGAUAUCCGCCUGCCGAUUGUUGAGACAAAAUACUUUACAACCUGAAAUCUAAAGUGUGUCGGCUGAAGUCCUGGACCUUUUCUUUGCGGACGACUGCGCGCUGAGCACCACAACCGAAGUAAACAUGUAGCAAAGCCGGGAUUUCUUUGGCUCCGGUGGUGGGUUUUGGACUGUCCGUUUGUUAGGCACAAUCAAGACCACGUGUCCAAUGGCGAUAAUUGACGAAUAUAACAGGUGCAUAACAAAUACCGAUGAGAAACGCCUCUACUUUAUGUGCCUUUAAAGCAUCGUCUCCUAAAACCGCAAAAUCAACGACCCAGUUGUGCCGUGAGUGUCCAAAACUAGUCGGGCUUUCGGUAAGAUGUAACACUCAGUUUUGAGUCACCUCAACACUAGCCUAGGGCUAUACGUGGCAGUCUUCCUGUCUUAGAGUUUACGGAAUUGGGAUUGGAAGCCAAGUCAGAAACUUCGCUCACUUUUAACCUAAACUGCCUUUGAGGGAUCCUGAAGGUGAGGUGGUAGAAACGAACCCAGGCCACUCAGGUUCUGGGAAGGACGUGCGAGCUCACCAUCAAUGCUUUGCUAAAGCAUGUCAUACUGAAAUAGAACAGCUACAUCGUGACAGUGAUUGACAAACGCCCGACCAGGUGACUACCACGGCGACGUCACCAAGGUUUUUCGCCCGCAAGGUGGACAAAAAUAGCGAUGAAAGGACACCCUGAGGACCCAGCCCAAGUAGGUGGAACUCAACCAAGGGACCUGAGGAACUCUUGCCGAGCGUCGGCAUGCCCAGCGUUCUGCCCUGAAAUGUGAUCAGUGACAUUCGAAGACAAAUGGAUGCGGUAGGUCAGAGCGCAGACUGCGGCAAGGCGAUAAUCCUGCGAACCAACUCCUGUCAACAGGUUCGCGCUGUCGAAUUGACCUCAUCAGCCAUCCUUGGAUUUAAAAAUUGUUGACACGAUCCACGCUUCCUCUACACGAUAAUUGAAGGCAACUCUUUUACUUGCCUUAGCUAGCCGCUUUCCCGUUUUGAUUUUCCUGACAUAAGCAUCGUCAUAAGUACCACAACGGGAACCAUCUGUUGACACAGAAAACCUCUACGAGCAGUGUAGUAAGUGCCAACAUGCAUCCACAUCUCCGAAUCACGCACCGGCACAGUUAAUCCAUCGCAGUUAAACUGGAGAGUCAAGGUCAUGCGCCCUGACCAACAUUCGUCAUUUUUGCUUUACCUGGCGACUCCCAACAUAUCCGGACGUCACAAUGAGCUAUUUGGUCAUACACGUGUGCGAUACUGGUCGCUAAAGCCUCACAGCCCAAAUCCACUUUGUACCACUACAAUCUCUAAACAUGACCAGACAAUGCAUGGAUAUAUUGCGUCUUACACAAUAGACGGCCCGUUUCAUAAGGCGUCGAUUGAAAUUCUGAAAUAUGAUUUCAAGUAGAAAGGACCACUUAGGUGGCGUUGUGCUCAUGAUUAUCAUAGGCAUGAUCCCAAGAUAUUCCAAUCACUCCAGAAUGCCGGCUUUUUAAUGCUCGUCGCUUUGGCGCCUUCGAAAAUCGCACCCGUCGAAGAAGAAUACUUAAAUGAGUAGUGCAAAUUUUCCCGUCUGUUUUCGCUGUCCUUAUAAACCCAAGCAUUUUAUGGGAAAGCAUACAAAAUUGUCCUUUCUUGUACACAUUUUCUGGUACCUUAGUCUUUACAAUUCUUACUCGAAGAAAGGGUAGCUUUCUAUCGAGAGAAAAUUUUUAUUUGCGAGGUUAAGAUUAUCAAGUGUUUAUUCAAGUAAUGCCAUAUCCGUACGUUUACUAAGGUUCUAUGUGAAGUAUUCAACGUAGUUUACCUUCUUUGCGCAAUUUUGUGAACUAUUUAUGGUGAAUUGUGAAGUAAUUAGUGCUUUUCUCUGAAUAAACAGCGCGCAUCUUCUAGUUUGAAAACUAAACGCAAGGGAGCCUGCACGCAGAGCUCGAAAUUAUUCGGGAACUAAAACCCCUUGAAAAAUGCUACAUACCCUUUUAGUAAAAAAGUUGAAGGCGUGAUUUACUACCCAGUGAUCUAUAUGGCCAUGGAAAGUCAAUGCAACAUAUACGUAUGCAUGCACAUCAUUGAUCAACGAAUCUUCACGCUUUAUUCAUGCAGCAGUCGUGGGAUGCAACUGGCCAUGGUUGCACCGACGUCCAAAACAUUGAAUGCGAGCCUGCCCACCACGAUCUGUCCUUCGAUGGGGUUUAGCUUGUAUGGAAUGUGUGGAAUCAGCAUGUGUGCGCCCAGGAAAGAAACGUUUGCACCAUGUUGACCACCGCGCCCGUGGAUGUGGAAGGAGGAGAAUGCAGUUUAAGAUUGCCUCAUUAUAAGCCAUUUCGCGCACAACUCGUCAGCGUGUCCCCGAAACGGUGAUAGGUCUCAUCGCUUCCCGUAGCCGAGCUGCCAUGUUAGUGCCAAUUAGUUCUGACAGUUGGUUGUCUUUGAACUUGCCUUAAUUGUAUUUGUGAUAGCAUUUAAGAUUUCUCCGCACUGAGCUUUCCAAGUAAUUCGAGCCUCACCUCACCGCAGGAUGCCAGAAUCCAAGACAUGUACUUCACAGCCCUCUGCUUUUCCUCCCUUCUGCUUCCCGGCCCCUUCUAGGGUUAUCCAUCUGGCCUUAUCACUAAUUAUUCAGCUGCUACUCAUGCGAAAUCUGGAAAAACUGCUGGGUUGGCUACGAGUCGCGUUGAUCUACAUCCUCUCGGGUUGCUUCUCCAGUCUGGCCUCGGGCAUUAUGCUUCCCUACCAUGUACGUGUCUGUCUUCCUGUGCACUUACGUGUUUAUCUUCCCCUCUUGCUUCCGUAUAUUUUAUACAUUAAAGACUGCCCAUUCAACUGAAUCUUUAACCUCAUGGGCGAAAUUCAAAAAAACUACUAGUUGACGACAUAGUAGUCUAUUUUAUCCUUUGAUUAAAAUCUGUAGUUGAUGUCGGUUCUGGCCGUCACUCGUUUUGGCAUCUUUUCACGUCCUGCUGAUUCCACUUAUUUCAAUGUUUUUUGUUUCAAAUUUCGUUAUCCAUCUGCCCAGCCCUCCUCAGGUAGCUCACUCUGUGGUUGUUUUAGGUUCAUACUGGACCCACGGGUGCUCAUUUCGCCCUUUUUGGCGUUGUCUUUGUGGACUAUCUUCAGACUCACGACAUUUUUGCCUCUCCCUGGACGGCCAUUCUGCAGCAAGUUCUGUCCAUCCUUGGAGUUCUCUUUGUGGGCUUCCUACCUUGGCUAGACAACUACGCCCACGUCUCAGGCUUUAUCUCUGGAGUUCUCCUUUCCUACGUAUUUGUACCCUAUCUCGGCUUUGGUUGCGCCAAACUGCCCUCGGGGCCCCCCGCCACGGAUGAGUCUACGACAAGAAAGAGAAGACUUAUCUCUCUGCCUGCAACUUUUAACGCCACCGUCCAAUCAGAGUACAGUGCUGCCCAAUUGGAAGAUCUGUUACGUCGCAUGAAACGGCGUCGACUAAAGGUUGUUCUUUGCUGCAGCCUCCUUUGGGUUGCACUCUUCAUCACCCUACUGGUUGUCUUUCUUCACUGUCCACUCACAAGUUGCGCCUGGUGCAAGUACCUCAACUGCCUGCCCUGGACCCAGAGCAUGUGCGACACGCUCGAGGUCAACGUCCACGCCCCGACGCGCUGCAUUCAUCCUCACGCGUAG